UUUGAAUAUUUGAAGAGGCGGCGUAUUUGAAACAACUUCUGGCACUAGGUAACUAAAGUAAACAGUGCCAUAUUUUUGGUAUUUGUUUCAAAAAAAUUACGUAAAAUAAGAUCAAAAUGAGAGAAAUAGUGCACAUUCAAGCCGGACAAUGCGGAAACCAAAUUGGCGCCAAAUUUUGGGAAGUGAUAUCUGAUGAGCACGGCAUCGACCCCACGGGAACCUAUCACGGAGACUCGGACUUACAACUCGAAAGGAUCAACGUCUAUUACAAUGAAGCCACUGGCGGAAAGUAUGUUCCCCGAGCGGUGCUCGUCGACUUAGAACCCGGUACGAUGGAUUCGGUUCGAUCUGGUCCAUUCGGACAAAUCUUUCGACCGGACAAUUUCGUCUUUGGCCAGAGCGGGGCCGGCAACAACUGGGCCAAAGGACACUACACCGAAGGCGCCGAACUAGUGGAUUCGGUCUUGGACGUGGUACGCAAAGAAGCCGAAGGAUGCGAUUGCAUGCAGGGCUUCCAGCUGACCCACUCGCUAGGAGGAGGUACAGGGUCCGGAUUGGGAACAUUAUUGAUAUCAAAGAUCAGAGAAGAAUAUCCCGACAGAAUAAUGAAUACUUUUUCGGUAGUUCCCUCUCCUAAAGUAUCCGAUACCGUGGUGGAACCGUACAACGCCACGUUGAGCGUGCACCAGCUGGUAGAAAACACGGAUGAAACGUACUGCAUUGAUAAUGAGGCCCUGUACGACAUCUGCUUCAGGACUUUGAAACUGACAACUCCAACUUACGGCGACUUGAAUCACUUGGUAUCGGCCACGAUGUCUGGCGUGACGACUUGCCUGAGAUUUCCCGGCCAGCUGAAUUCGGAUUUGCGAAAACUCGCGGUAAAUAUGGUACCUUUCCCUCGUUUGCACUUCUUUAUGCCCGGAUUUGCGCCACUUACCUCCAGAGGCAGUCAACAGUACCGCGCUUUGACAGUUCCCGAGUUAGUACUCCAAAUGUUUGACGCUAAGAAUAUGAUGGCAGCUUGUGAUCCUCGCCACGGAAGGUACCUAACUGUAGCAGCGAUCUUCAGAGGCAGGAUGUCCAUGAAAGAGGUUGACGAACAAAUGUUGAACAUUCAGAACAAGAACAGCAGCUAUUUCGUCGAAUGGAUUCCGAACAACGUCAAGACCGCGGUGUGUGACAUACCACCCAGAGGUCUCAAGAUGUCAUCGACUUUCAUAGGAAACUCCACCUGCAUCCAGGAGCUGUUUAAGCGAAUCUCUGAGCAAUUCACCGCCAUGUUUAGGAGGAAAGCUUUCCUGCAUUGGUACACUGGCGAGGGUAUGGACGAGAUGGAGUUUACGGAGGCGGAGUCCAACAUGAACGACUUGGUUUCGGAGUACCAGCAGUACCAAGACGCCACGGCCGAAGAGGAGGGCGAGUUUGACGAGGAGGAGGAGGCUGACGAGGGUGAAAAUUAACGUGUACUUUAAGCUUCGUUCGUAUAUUAUAGUAAGGAUGUCGACGUCGUUCUUUUAAAUCGCACCGUAUAUUUUUUGUGAUUGUAACGUACCACCUGUGCCCAGAGAACACUUUUUGGAUUUAUUAAUAAAUAAUUAUAUUUAACAGUACUGAAAAAA